UGAAAGUUGAGUGGUGUCGGCUACAGGAGUUCAGUUCAGAGAAGGAGAGAAAUUAUAAUAUAAUAAUCACCUGUGGUUAAUAUAUAAUAUUAACUAUUCACACCUUCACACAGAUACAGUAAUUCCAUAAUUCUAUAGAUGAUUUUAUUCAGGCCUUGUUUUCUGAGGGGUGUGUCUUUAAUGUUAUUGUUUUUUUUUAUCUUUAAUAUGACGUUAGCUAGCCGCUGUGCUAACCGGAGCGCUAACUCAGUGGCGGUUGCUAAAGCUGCUAACCGCUCGCGCUGAACCGACAGCUGCCAGAUUGUCGCGGCUGUUCUUUGUUUUGUUGGGAUUUUCCCUCCUCCUUUCUUCCGGUAUCGCUUUAAGAGAGGUUUUUUUUUUUUUGUAAGACUGCGCGGGAAUUGGUCAGUUUUAUUUAUUUACUUAUUUAUUGUUAUUUUAAAAAAAAACUCCUCUUCGUCGACUUGAGCUUGGUCUUGGAUUAUGAAUUAUUCAUGAGCGCGAGGAGAAUGUGACGCUCGGAGGCGGGGUUUCAUGCGCUCGGAGGCGGAGACACGCAGGACAGGAAAAUCAAGAAAACCACCAGGUUGUUUUCUCAUAAACAAACCAGCGCUGAUGUAGGAUUCAGAAGGAGGCGUUCUGCACGCGAUGCCACGAAAAUCACUGUUUGCCGGGAAAUCCAAAUGCCAAGUUUUUUCAGAGGCGGACCAAUUCACCUCAAAUGGCUUGAUUUCAACUGAAUUUUUCUGGUAUUGCGCAAGCUUUCUCUCCCUCGAUUGGGCGACAUCACUUUCCAUGAUGAAAUCGAUCUUUUCUGGUUCAGAGUCAUCCUCAAAUUCAUCUUCAUCGUUAUUGAUCUCAGCGAUCCUUCAGUGUGCUCGAACGACGCUGUGCUGAUUAGAAAAUGAUAGAAAUGUCUGUUAAUAAAGAGACUGUUUUACUGAGUGACCAGCCAGCAUACGUGUCUUUACCACGACAGCAGCCAGAACUUUCCGGAAACGGUGCUGAAAAUCCUCAGCAGUCUGCUGAAAUGAUAACUCUCACCAAGAAAGAUGGCCUUUGUAGCCUUGCUAAGGAAAAUGGAAACACAACAGCCAUCAGUGACAAUGGAGUCAUCGUGCCAGACUCCGUGACGCAAAACCUAGAUGGUGUCCAGAAUCCUAAACCCCAUCAGCAGAGACCGAACAAACGUCGGAGUACGAUAAGUGGCGGAUUUAAGCAUCCUGUGUUCGGGAAACGUCGCCGUCGUGCCAACUCGGAGACUGAGUCUGUCCUGCCCACCAACUUUCUACUGGGUGGGAACAUCUUUGAUCCACUCAACCUCAACAGCUUAUUGGAUGAAGAAGUGAACCGGGCUUUAAAUGCAGAGACGCCCAAGUCCUCUCCGCUUCCGGCAAAAAGCCGGGAUCCGGUCGAGAUCCUGAUUCCGAGGGACAUCACGGACCCACUGAACCUGAACGGUUGCACCAGAGGGGACGCGGGCAUCGUGCUUACUCCUUUUAAAAGUGGCGGUGGACGGAGGAGACACCGGAACAGGCAUCAUGGAGGAAUAGCAGCAAGAGGUGGUGUGGGAAGAGGAAGAGACUGCGUAGUAGGAGGAACAGGAAGUGUAGAUGGUGUAGGAGUUGUUGAAGGGGUGUCCGUGGAGCUCAACCAAUCAGAAGGGUGCUUAAAUUCAGAAUCUGAGUGCACAUUAGCAUCCUCAGGGAUUAAUCUUCAGAACAGCCCAGACUCCAAAGCUGUCCUAAAAGAUGAAGCAACAGAGUCCAACGUUCCACCAAAACAGGAAGUUUGUGAGGAAAAAGACAGCACACAGACGCCUGUGACGCACGCAUUGCACCGACAACGCAAACGGAAGCGCAGCAGCAGCAGAUCCGAGAAUUCCAGUGGACCAUGUUUGGAUAAGAACCGAACGUCUGGGUCAGAAUCAGCACAGCAACAUCCUCCCAGUCAGAGGGGGCAGCAGAGGAACAACCACAAACCAGACCCGAGAAACUGCAAUCAGCAAAAACCAAACCAGCAGCAGAAAAAGAAGUUUCAGUACGGGAACUAUAAUCAGUACUAUGGUUACAGGAACCCGGGUGCGGUCGAGGAUGUUCGGAUCCGUGCCUUUAAACCAGAAUGGUUCCAAGGGAAGGAAGUCCUGGAUUUAGGCUGUAACACUGGUCACUUGACACUUACUAUUGCUAGAAACUGGCGGCCGGCAUGCAUCGUGGGCUUAGAUAUAGACGGUGCGCUGAUCCACGCAGCGAAACAAAACAUCCGGCAUUAUCUCUCGGAAGUGCACACGCUCCAGGUGAGGAAAGAGCGGAACGAGGAUGAGACCUCGAGCGAGAAGCUUGAAAAGAUGUCGGAGAAAAAGAGAGGAGAUGGAGAUGAAAAGGAAACCAAAUCUGAAGAGAUGAGAGAAAAAGAUGGAUCAGAGCAUGGAGAGAAUGAGGUGUUCCGGGUCGGAGGAUCCUUAUCGCCCAAUGGGAGUCGCUUAUUUCCUGUUUCUCUCUGCAUCUCCCGAGGACCAAUCGCUGCUCCUCCUCUUCCUGACACGCCCACACUUCCUCCUGGGAAUUUUCCCUCCAAUGUCACGUUUGUCAGGGGGAACUAUGUGUUGGACAGUGACAUGUUGUUGGAGACUCAGCGUGAGGAGUUUGAUGUGAUUCUGUGUCUGAGUAUCACAAAGUGGGUUCACCUGAACUGGGGUGACGUCGGACUCCGUCGUUUCUUCCACCGUGCGUAUCGUCACCUUCGCCCCGGCGGCCUCUUUAUCCUCGAACCCCAGCCCUGGAACUCCUACAGCAAGAGGAAGAAGCUCACGGAGACGAUCUAUAAAAACUAUUUCAGCAUCCAGCUGAAGCCGGAGCAGUUCUCUUCCUUCCUGACAAGUGAGGUGGGGUUCUCCAGCUACGAGCUCCUCGGAACUCCGAACAGUUCAUCACGAGGUUUUCAGAGACCGAUCUAUCUGUUUCACAAAGGCCCUGCUCCUCAAAAGUGAGCGCGCGUGUGUUUUUUAAAAUGAGAUCAAGACGAACUCCAGGGAAUUCUCCACACUGCUGGGAGGAAGUCGCUCCAGAAUGUCAUCACUUCCUCCUGAGCGUCAGACAGAAGCAUGGACUGAAACAAGAGACUGAAGUGUGUGAAUUUGUUGUGUUUUGGGGGAAAAUGUAAAAGUUGAAUGUGUUUGAGCUUUGAACAGGUUUGAGAUUUCAACUUUGUGUGAGAGUGAGUGAGUGAGGUUUGUGCUGAUGAUCAGGAACACGUCAUAUCACUUCUCAUCAAAAUUCCAGAAUUCUCAGAGAUGGUCAUUAGAUUAGAAAUCCGUUCAGAGAUCAAACCUCUGUCUGAUCUGUAGUAGUUACUGUAUAUUACUGUUAUUUGAACGUUGAUGAAACGUUACUGAGAUGACGUGUUAAUCUCAGCACACACCUGGUUUGUAAAUUUAUUCACUCCACUUUUAAUCCUUUUCUGUUCAUUUUUUUCCUCCCUCUCUCUAAUCCUCUGAUGUAAUCAGUGGAGUGAUUUGGGAUCAAACCCAUGUACUCUUUCCUUCUGUUUAAAAUCUUAGGCUUUUUCUUAAAAAAAAAAAUAAAAGCCUCCUCCUUGAACCUGGUGCUUUACGUUCCUUCAGGGACUCGGAUAAAGCAAAUCUGUACUUCAGCGCUCUCAAUUAUUGCCUGAAAUUUUAUCACGAUUAAUGAUCUUAUUAGGAGUCGAUUUUACUGAACAUCACCAACAGUUUAUUAGCGUUCCUCAGGAAUUUCCUUUCAUGGUACUAAACACAGCUAGCAGGUUAAGCUAGUGCCAUGACUGAGGUCACAUGGUCAUGUUGCUACAUUAGUUGGUUGACUGUUUUGGAUCCAAAUGUAAACAUGGCAUUCUGUAAGACACGAUUAUAAAAGUCUGAGAUUGCUCUGUCGGAUCAUGAACAACGCGCAGCUGAGCUUCGUUCACACUGUUUAAUGGAAACCGGUGUCGACAUGAUGAGCGACAAAAUCGCAAGAACUGCGAAGGCUCGACUGCCAUGUUUUUAAUGAAGGUUUUUUUGUUUGGUUUUUUUUUUGUGCGCCAACAGUGGAACGUGUGUGUGUCGUCAACUUGGACAAGGAUUAAAGUUGAGUCUCUUACAUAAGUGCAGAAGAGACAAACUGAAAUUAGUGUGAAAUCACACUGGGUGUGGGAUUUUUGUUUUUUGGGUGUCUAAGCUCAGAACAAAAACUGGGAGAUGAUCAUGGUCUCGGACUCGUUUAGUUUGAGUCUUUAAAAGCGAGGCAUUAAAUCCUUAACGGAUCGGAUGAAUGUGGUGUUAAUGCUACAACAAACACAAUUGGAUAAUAAACAAUUUUGAUUUGAA